GUGUGGAGAGUUGCAGUUUUGGCUGUGAACAUGGCGGAGCGUGAUUGCGUUUUUGCUUUGCCGGGGAACCUCGACUCUGUUGGGUCAGUCAAGAGACACAUCCAGAAAAUACUCCAGUUUUUGGAAAUUUAUGAAUGGAUGCUUGACAUCUACGUGUCGGACUUUUUUGUGUUGAAUCACUGGGAGAAACUGCUUCCAAGCUGGCGAGAUUGUUUUCAGAAGAUGACUGCUUCAGAUGUUGCAGAACUUCUUACAGUGAAUAAGAACACCAAAAGCAAAAUCGUAUUACCUUUGUCUCUCUUGGCCUAUCGUUCAUGCACCCAAAGCUUGUCAUUGAAAAGGACUAUCACAUCAGAUAAAGGACUUAGUUAUGUACUUGAAGCCCUUACUUCAAACACAUGUCAGAAAAUAUCAGCUCACCUGCCUACAAUGUAUCAUGUGACUGAUGACCCUACAGUUAUUUCAGACAUCAAGUGCAGCGGAGGUCAGUAUGUAUCAUUGGAUGCUUGCUAUCGGAAACAUGUAAAGCCUAAAAAGCAACACGAAAUCCAUCAAAUGUCAAAAGUCAUAGGUAACUUGUGCCACAUCAUUAAAUGUGACAAAGUAGUGGACGUUGGUGCUGGUCUUGGUCACUUGUCAAGGCUAUUAAACUUCAAGUAUAAUCUAACUGUCACAACUGUGGAAGCUACUGGUGGACAUGCUGCCAAAGCACAUAAAUUUGAUUUAGACCUCUUGAGCAUGAUGAAAAAAAGAAAGAAAGAAAUUCAAGAUUCAGAGCAAAAGUAUGAAGGUACCAUUUGUUAUAACACAGCAGAAAAGAAAGCCAAUCUUAAUCUAAAUGAUUCUUCAAAUCAUUCUACAUCAUUACCUUACCAUGUGAUUCAUCAAGUUGUUAAUAAUAUUUCUCCAAAUGAUUUCCUGGAAAUGCUAAAAAUGCCAAGAACUUGUGAAUUUGAUUCCAGCCAAAAAGUUAAUUUAUCUGAUACUUUUCAGCCUUUUUGUUUAAGCAACACUAAUUCUGGAGAACAUUACACCUCAAAAGAAAACAGUACUGUCAAUUUUCAUUUAAAUCAUGAUACUUAUGGAAGUAUAAAAGAAAAAUAUAUUUUACCAUCACCUCACAAACAGUCUUCAAAUUACAGGCAAAUCCGUAGAACAUGUUCGGAAUCUAACUUAAGCCAGUCGGUGACAACAUUUAAAGAAAAUUCUGUAAAAUUUUGCACUAAAUCUUCAAAUUCUCUCAAUUUAUGUGAUGAGGAAUUAAUACUGAAAAAACCGAGUGUCUUUGCCAAUCAUCUUGUUCUGUGUGGACUGCAUGCCUGUGGUGACUUGACAACCACCCUGAUUCAAAUGUUUACCCAGAGUCAAGCUAUUUCCGCAUUGGCUGUUGUUGGUUGUUGCUAUAUGAAGCUCUCUACAUCCAGCGAUUGUUCAUUAUCUAAUAAUGCCAGCUGGGGAUAUCCUAUGAGUCAACAUUUACAAACAUUGCAGCAUCAUUUGACAUAUGAAGCUAGAGAGUUGGCCUGCCAUUUUGUUGAUGCAUAUCAUAAAAGAUUACUUGAGAAUAAGCCAAGCCUUCGUAGACAUUGGUAUCGUGCAUCUUUGCAGUGUGUUGUAAAAGCAAUCCAGCCUACUUUCAAACAUGGCUGUAUAAAAAUAUCCAUUAAAAAUGUGGAGAAUUUAUCAUUUGAAGUGUACUUGGAGAAAGCUUUAAAAUCUCUUGGGUUCAGCAUAUCACAAGUACCUCCUGGUAUAAUUGAUCAGUGCAAAGCAACUGAAAAUCGAUGGAAAGAUAUAGUUUGUUUUUACACUUUACGUCUUUCUAUUGCACCUGUGAUUGAAACGCUCCUCUUGCUUGAUAGAAUGCUUUACAUCUUGGAAUCAGGUAUACCUUGUGCUCUGGUACCAAUAUUUGAACCGCUUCUGUCACCUAGAAACUUCGUACUACUUGCAGCAAAAUCAUUACAUUGAUGUUGUUUAUAUAAUCAUUUUCUCAGUCAAACAUACUGGACAAUGCUAUAAGUAAUCAUUUAGUAUUUGGUGAACAUUCCAAAGUUAUAAUUUUCUUGGUCACAGCCGGAUACUUACAGCUUUAUAUUCUUCAUUUUCAAUAAAAUGUUGUAAUGAAUUUCUUUAUUGGAAUA